CCCAAGCUUCCACAGCAGUCUGUUUAAAUCACAUUGACAUUGUCUAAGUUCACAGAUUGCACGAAAAAAAUAAUUUUUAAUCAUGGAGUGUAACUGUCCACUUACAGUGCCACCAGGAGAAACUUUGGCAGGGAUAUGUGCUGGAAGUCAAAUUUUGUUUUUUAUGGCAUUACUAGACAGUCUUUUUUAUGAUAAAUGUGAUAUAUCAGAUCGCUGCCGAUUAUUCAAGCCAAGAUCAUACUUCAAUUCAUUUUACGAUUUCGUGGUUGUUGGUGGAGGCACUGCAGGCUCAACAGUUGCAGGAAGAUUGGCCGAGCUUGACGCGACUGUACUUGUGAUCGAAGCUGGACCAGAAGAGCCACCAGUCUGUCAAGUUCCAGCACUAUAUAGUGAUCUGCCUCAUACGGAAUUAGACUGGCAGUAUCAAACGGAGCCUCAAAAAUUAGCUUGUCUGAAUAAUGAGAAUCAGAGCUGCUAUUGGCCAAGAGGAAAAGUACUUGGUGGCUGUAGCGCGAUAAAUGGUAUGGUUUAUAUAAGAGGUUCUAAACAAGACUAUGAUGAUUGGGCCAACAUGGGAAAUCCAGGAUGGUCUUUUAAGGAAGUUUUACCAUAUUUUAUGCGCAGUGAAAAUAAUGCACAAGCUGAUAUUUUAGAUCAAGGAUAUCAUGGCCGUUCGGGUCCGCUACCAAUAUCAUUUUUUUUAUCACAACCAAGCAUAGGCUAUGAUCUCGUUAGGGCUGGCAAAGAGCUCGGUUAUGGAGAGACCGAUUUCAAUGGCCGAAAUAAUACAGGUUUUGCUUUUGCACAAGGAAUAGUAAAAGAUGGACACAGAGUGUCAUUGUCUCGAGCAUUUCUUAGACCACAACUAAACAACCCAAAUUUACAUGUGAUGUUAGAAUCAACCGCUACAAAAAUUAUUUUUGACAGUCAGAAACGAGCAACUGGAGUAAAAUUUGUUUACAAAGGCAAGGAGUAUCAAGUUGAUGCCAAAAAAGAAGUUAUCGUUAGUGCAGGAAGCAUCAAUACACCGAACCUCCUUCUUCAUAGUGGUGUUGGCCCGACAAAAGAGUUGUCAUCUUUUGGAUUGCCAACUGUUCAUAAUCUUCCUGGUGUUGGAGCUAAUCUUCAAGAUCACGUUUCUUACGCAUUGACAGUUACUCUAAAUGUAACUGAAGAAACAAUGUACAAUUUUGGAACAGCUAGUGAAUAUAUUAGCUAUGGAACUGGACCAUUUUCUCAGUCAGGUCUCAAUCAAGUUGAUGCUCUUAUAAAUACAAAAUACGCAAAUCCCAAUGAUAAUAAUCCGGAUAUUCAAAUAAUUUUUGGAGGUUUUGAAGCAGAAUGUGACAAAAUUAGCGAAGUCAGAGAAAAAACAAAGAAUAAAAUAUCUUUUGCAAUUUUACCAACAUUGCUUCGUCCAAAAAGUCGUGGAUCGAUUCGUUUAAGAAAUAACGAUCCAUUAUCAAAACCAUUACUCAAUCCAAAUUAUUUCUCAGAACCUGAUGAUGUUGACGUAUUAGUAGAAGGCAUUAAAUUUUCUGUCAAAAUCGUAGAGACUGAAGCACUCAAGAAAUUUGGUGCUACAUAUGAUAAAACACCUGUCAAAGGUUGUGAAAGUUUUGAGUUUGGCAGUGAUCCAUACUGGAGAUGUGCUGUAAGACGUGACACAGUACCAAUGUAUCACCAAAGCAGUUCUUGCAGAAUGGGACCAAGUACUGAUCCUUACAAUGUUGUCGAUAGUAAACUAUGUGUUCACGGACUUGAAGGUUUACGUAUUGCUGAUACUAGUAUUAUGCCGUCUAUUGUAUCAGGAAAUACAAUGGCCGCAGCUAUUAUGAUUGGUGAAAAGGCAGCCGAUUUCAUCAAGGCAAAAUACGCGCUGUAAUUCAAAUUCAAUCGUCAAACAAUUGCCAAAAUAGUAAAUUAAAAAAAAAAAAUUCUCUAUCUGGUUUGAAUUUUUUAUUUUUAAAUCACCAGUAUAAUUAGUUAUAUUUUUAAUAAUAAAAAAUUGAAAAAAAAUUUUUUUUUUUUUUAAUCUCACAACGGCCAGAUUAAAACGACAUUAAAAUCUAUUUUGAAAGAAAAUUUAAUUCACGUAAAACUGUCCUUAAAUAAAGCAAUCUCGUUUAAUCAAAUUUUAGACGCAUAGCAAUUGCAUUAUGAAGUAAUUUUCGACGCACGAUGACGAGAUAUUUUGAAAGGGAUGUUACGAAAUAACAUGGUAAAAAAAUAAACAGGAUAAAGAAGGAAAGAUUUAGAUGUAUAGCAGAGUGUUCUG